CUUUGGUGAAGCUGACUAAUUAAUGCUGGAAGGAUUGCACCUGGGGCUGGGUCUAUUUAAACCCAAUUGAAAGCCUCAACUUUGCUUGACUUUUAUUUUUUGCAAUGGAGCAGAAGGAGGAAAAUUCCUUGUCCCAGAUUUCUGCAUUUCCCCUCAAAGAAAGCACAGAACCCACCUGGAAAGUAUGUUUUAAUACAAUAGACUGGUUCCGCCCACUGAAAUUUCUGCUACAGUGGCUACACAGGGGAUGUUCUUGGCUUCGUUGCCUGUUUACAACAAAACCUCUUGACAGCAACAAGCGCCAGCCGGCCAUAAAGCGUCUGGGCACAGUGGCUCAGAUCCUCUUUGCCAUCAUCCCAGUCCGACUUCAGUUGGCCCUUGGCUUUUUACAUACCGUGUGCCAGAGUAUUGAAGUUGAAGAGACAUUGAAAUCGCCUGGCACGCCUUCUAAGAGGGGGAGUAAAAGGAAGACGGAAGAUGUUAAGCUGGAUGAGCCCCAGUGCUGGAUAGAAACAAUCCUGAAAGACCUUCCAGAUAAUGAUGAUUCAGAGGAUCUCACCUAUGAGCUCACCAAAUCAGAAACUGACAGUGAGGAAUAUAAGUCGCAGAAUGACACCGAGGGUGAUCUGGAGUAUGAAGAGAAAGAUGGUUUGCUGAUACUGAAGGAAGAUCCAGUUUCACCGCAGGGUCAAAAUGGAGAGGGCACUGCAGCAGAAACACCCCAAACAGCAGAUGCUAGAGAAGAACUAGUGGCAUCACAAAUAUCUGGGGAUGACAACAAACAUCCAGAGCAUCAUCUUCUGAUGAGCAGCGGCACCUACUUCCGAAAGAGCUUGGAAAGUACAGAAAUCGUGGCCACAUCCAUCCAAGGCAGUGACAUAGUUGAUAGCAAUGACUACGAAGAGAUUUCGACAUAAGCCGGUUGCCCUGAUUAAUUAGAAUUUUCGAUGACUGGCUGAAAAAUUUCAACUUUUGUGUCUAAGCUGCUCUUCCUUUUCUGUGCUGCUGUUGCAUGGAGAAGCUAUUUCAUAAUUGUUCGUUUUUCUAUUUUAAAAUUUUGCAAUAAAG